UGCUGUCAUUUACAAUAAAAACAAAUUUAAAUGCACUUAAUGGAAAUAAUCAAAGGCAAACUAAAAGAAAAUGGGUAUCUAAGCUUAAUGGAUGUAAAAAGAACAAAAUCCAUUUGAAACAUACUUUAUUAUAAUUAAUAAUGCUGAACGUAUUAUAAUAGUUUAAGUACCACAGUACUUAAUCUACAUAUCAUGAUUUCAGCAAGAGACUUUAUUAUCUCCACUAUCGAACUCUACUUUGAUGGGACAAGGCUUAAGCUUGAUGAAGAAUCAGAAAAUGCUUUGUCGGAAUUCAUUUACAAUUCACAAACAUUAUUAAUUCAAGGCUAUGUGCAUAACGAUACUUUGAGAUUGUCGAUGAAGUUACAAAAUGUGAAGAGAUCAAUUGUAUUUUAUAAGAUUGAAAGAAAGGAAUUGACUCAGGGAAAUUCAGCUCAGGAUAUAAACAUAUUAACAUUUUCAAAUAACACUGCUGAAAUACUGUUUUACGUAUCAAGAUUAAUUUUCACACCCCUCAUAUCAGAGGGAAACGAUUUGUAUUCAAGUAAACUUCAGAAGUGUCUUUUGGAAUUGGAAUCUGUCCUACGUGUUGUUAAUUAUGGGAAGGAGAAAGGAAAUGUCAACGCAAUAUUUACUAUAGAAGAUGAAUUUGAAUAUUGGAAAGCUGUAAUGGAAAAAAAAGAUGCCAGUAAAAAAGAGAGAGAAAUGUCCUCAACAUUUUCUGAACAAUUUCAAUACAUUAUUGAAGAAUUAAGAUCUAUGCAAUCAAACGUAAUGAUUGAUGCCAGAGAGGCCGCUGAAAAUAUUGGUGGCAUACUAGACGACAUCUGGCGGACAACUACAGCACCUUAUCCGAGCGAUAGAAUGGUCCAUGUUAUGGAUGUAAUUGGACACACAAUAUGCACAAUAAUCCAGACUAAUUUGGUCGCACUCGAUUUAUGGAGGGUUCAUGAUGAUAUUCGAGAAAUAGAAAUGCUGGUAUCAAUUUCGGAUUGCUUACAAGUGGUGGAAACAUGGACCAGUGCUUGUAGAGCUCUCACAGAGACGUACUGGCCGAACUACGCGCUGCACCCUUGGAAUGCAAAGACUUACAUACCGCAGUUUUGUGUCAAUUUCCAAAUGAGACUCAAAGAGGUGUAUGAGAUUAAAUCUGUGUUCAGUCAACUUAAUAAGUUACUUUCGAGCAAUGAAAAAAAUGAUCUACGGGUAAACCAAUUGCUUUCACCGUUUCAAAGUGUCAACGUAUGGUCGUGCAACGGCCCUAACCCUGCAUGGCAAGCGGCCGUUUCUUUAUUCUCCACGAGUUUACGGCAAGUUGAAGUUAAAGUGGCUGAAAAACUGAAGCCAAGACUUCACAAUACGUCCACUAAACAAAUGUUGUAUGAAUUUCUGAGAUAUGAAGCUUUAAUAGAACGACCUUACGUGAAACAGACUUUGAAUAAUGAGCUGGAAAUAUUUGCAACGUCACUAGUAGCGAUGUUGAAAGACAUAAAAAAUCAGAUUGAUUCUGAUGAAACGGAUGUUAAAAUGUAUCAGCCGCCGGAAAUGUCGCCGUUAGUACACCGAGUGCAGUGGGCGAAGCAAAUGGAAGCUAAGGUAAAAGAAAUCAAAAUAUGUGCUGACAAACAUUUGAGCGAAUUCUCCGGUUGUCCAGAGUUGACAAACUUGGCCACACAAUUGUUAAAAGAUCUAAAAGAAAUGUAUGUUCAGCUACAUGAAGAAUGGUGCAGAGAGCUACAGGCUCAAGCAAAGAACGGUUCGCUUCAAAUGUCCACCGACAAGCCUGUAGUGGAGUUCAGCGGGCCGAACAAGAUGAUGGUAGUGAAUUUUAACCCGCGGCUGGUGUGGGCCGAGCUGGAGGGUCGCGCGCUCGCCGCGCUCGGACUCGCGCCGCCCGCCGCCCUCCCCGCGCCGCCCGCAGCCCCCGCCGCCCUCGCGCACGCGCGCGCCCUGCAGCAGGUGGCUUCAUUUCACAAUACGUUGGGCGAACGAAUGAUUCCCUCCACUAAACCCAUGAUGCUGCAAGCGGCUCUGGACCUGUCUGCCAUAGUGCAAGAUCAGAAAACCGUGUACUGGGACGACGUUGAACAAUUGGCGAACUACACCGAAAAACUUAAGAAGAUGGUCUUGAAGCUGGAAGGGCAGAACACUUAUUUGACUAGCCAACAUAUGGCCAUCAAAGAAAUAGUUAUGAAACUAAUCAACACCGAAUUAUUGGCAAAACUGUCUGAAUGGAAGAAAGGGGUCAAAGACAUUCGUAGUAUCAUAGAAACGGUAGAAGGGAACGGUUAUAGAAACACUGAACUUUGGAGAUCACAUUGGGACUGGCAACUGUAUAAAGCCUUGGAGUGCCAAUAUAUAAAGACGUUGCUCUCACUAGAUAAACACUUUGCGCAUAUUAAAGUUGACUUGGUCUUACGCGGACACAAGAUACGAGUACAGCCGCCCAUCGAGGAGAUACGCGUCCAACAUUACCAUCAACUGCGGCGACUCGUGUCGUUGCCGGCGCAGUUCGUCGGCGUACAGAAUAACAUCACCGAGAGACAAUCCAUAUUCGCCGAUAUCGUAGAUAAACAUAGCUGGCUAGGGAACAAAGCCGUGAAGAAACUGGAGCAGGUGUUGUCGUCGUUGGAGCAGUGCGGGCGGCAGUGGACGCGGCGCGCGGCGCUGGCGUGCGUGCCCGACCUGCGCGCGCUGUGCACGCACUCGCUCGCCGAGCCCGAGCACUGGGAGCUCAACUUCAAAGCCUGCAAGGCCUAUGGACAAGCCGUUGCCAAGAUGACCUUUGACGACGAGAAAAUCGAAUGGUUGUCGGUGGGCACGGCGACCUUGCGGCGGGAGUUUGAAGCACAGGCGCGCACCUUGUGGGCUUGUCUGAUAUCGUCCCUUCAAACUAGCUGUCGUACUGAUGCUUCGGAAGUCGAUGCUUUCGUUGCCAAUGUCACUGUCAUAUUGAACAAUAAAACGCUACCAAACAACUCUAAAGAUUUGACCGAACUGAGUGCGAAACAGCACGCCUUGCAAGAAAAAAUGCCCGAGAUGGAGAAGAUAGUUGCAGCUCUUAAAAAGAAAGGGAACAUGCUGCGGACAUGGGGCGGUGAUACGUCAAUUGACGGGACUAUCAAGGAGUGGCAGAAGACGCGGGAGCUCAUGCUCAAUCAUCAACAAAUGUUUGAAAAUCAGGCUGAAAUUGUAAAGGCCAGUUUGAAUGGUGAAUGGGAAAACUUGAACACAAGCGUCGAAGCGUUUGUCUCCCGUUGGACACAAUCCAAGGCUCGCUUAGACGCGGCACACGAUGUACACUACGAAGAAAUGGCCGACAGAUGUCGCACCGUUUUUGAAGCUAUUGCUAGUUGGAAAAAGUUUAUCACCGAUAGAGAAGAGCUCGUGAAGGAGUGCGAAAAAUUCAAUAUGAAAACAGAUAUUGCUGACGUCUGGCAACAGGGUGACAAAUUGUUUGAAAACUACGAGACACUAUGGACUGUUUUUGAAAAAUUCAAUGAAGAAUACGAGUCAAUUGCCGAACAAAGCUGGAUAGUAUUUCAGAAGAAAUUACAUUUACUCGACGAGUUUACGACGAAAUGGAGCACACGCUUGGAGCCAUACACCGUCGUUACAUUGUUCAUACAACAAGAACUUGAUAGAUAUUCGGAUAUAACACCUCUGUUGAAAUAUCUACGUGGUAAUGAUUUCACGGACCGUCAUUGGCGCGAAGUAUUCAAUUUACUGGAGAUGGAGUACAAGAAAUCAGAUACGUUGAAAGUUAAAGACUUCCUCAUUGCCGCUGCGAAUAUUAAGAAACAUAUAAAAAAGUUGCAGAAAAUUUGCACGACAGCUACGAGCGAAUCAGCUAUUCGAAGCGCUUUAAAUGAACUAGAGAUUUGGUACGCCGGAGCUCGGCUGUCUAUCAUAUAUUAUAGUGACAAAACAAAACGACCCACACCUAUUAUUAAAGACUUCAAGGAGAUAAUGAAUAAGGUGGAAGAACAGCAGUGGAUAGUAUGUUCAGUGAGCGGUGGCGGCAGUCCCGAGGCGUGUGGUCCGUGGGAGGCGCGGCUGCGGGCCGCACACGACGUGCUCCGCGCCACGCACCACGCGCAGCGCAGGUGGUUAUAUUUGGAACCAAUUUUAUCUAACGACGAAGGAGAGCUGGGCACGAAAUUUAAAAAAGUCGAUCUGAAUUUUCGACAUGUGACCCGCAUCAUAGAAUCGGACCCGAGAAUAUCCGCUAUCUUACAAUCUACGAGGCUACAGCCCAUGCUCGAUUCAAUAUCAGAACAAUUGUUGGCUUGUCAGUCAGCUUUGAAUCAAUAUAUUGACGAGAAACGCUCUAUAUUUCCAAGAUUUUACUUUCUAAGUGACGAUGAUUUAUUGGAGCUACUGGGACAGGCUCGAGCUGGCUCCGAGGGGCGCGAAGUGGUCAUGCAGUCUCAUCUCAAGAAGCUAUUUCCGGGGAUAACGGGAGUUCGCCUCGGCCCAGGGGGCAUGUCGGUUACAGCUCUGUGUAGCCAUUUCGGGGAAGUGUUUCAGCUGGAUCAUCCUAUUGAUAUAGAUUGCGCUGUAGAGGUCUGGCUUAAAAACUUAGAGAACGAAAUCCGUUCUUCACUGCAGAACAUGACUCUGAAAUGUCUAGUGACGAACUCAUUACACGAACAGGACCCGUUCUCGUUGCCGACCCAGAUACUUUGUCUCGCUCAAAACAUUCGCUUCACCGAACAAGCGGAACGAGCGAUAAACUCUAAAGAGCUCCAUAAAUUCAGAGCUAAUGUUGAGAAAGAGAAUUUGUAUUACGCAGAAGCGGAGACCGAUGACGAAAACGAACGCCUCAAGAGGCAAGCACUUAUAUUGCAGUGCGCUUAUUAUCUGUCCGUCAUCAAAAUACUCAUCGACAAUAAUGUAACGUCAACAAGCGAAUGGAUCUGGCGAAAGCAAUUCAGAUUUUAUUUACUGAAUACUAAGGAAGUAGUUGCCAGAAUGGGAUUAGCGCAAAUACCGUAUUCCUAUGAAUAUCUUGGGACGCAAACGGGCCAGUUCGUGCGCACUGAAGUAGCCGACGAAUGCUUCCUCAUUCUCACUCAGGCUCUACAUCUCGGUUUUGUUGGCAAUCCAUUUGGACCAGCCGGUACGGGGAAGACUGAAUCUGUUAAAGCUCUGGGUGGAUUGGUCGGGAGGCUCGUUCUAGUCUUCAACUGCGAUGAAGCAAUGGACGCGGAAUGCAUGGGUCGCUUGCUCACCGGGCUGGCGCUGAGCGGCGCCUGGGGAUGUUUCGAUGAGUUCAAUCGUUUGACGUCCGACACCCUCGCGGCCGUCACGCACCAGUUCUCGUCGCUUCUGUCGGCCAUGACCCACCGAACACCGGGAACUGUACCUACGGCCUCUCUCAAUGGGAAAAAUGUAUCAGUAUCGGUGUGGUGUGGCGUGGCGGCGACGCUGAACCCGUCGUCGCGCGGGUACGGGGGGCGGCGCGCCCUGCCCCCCGCGCUGCGCCCCCUGCUCCGCCCCGUAGCGGCCCGCCCCGCCGCGCCGCGCCUGCUCGCCGCGCAACUGUUCGCCGCGCGCUCUCUGCCGCACGCAGAGCGCCUCGCCGCAGACCUGCACGACGUCUUCACUCUGGCCAGUGCGCUGCUGAGUGGACAGCGGCACUACGACUGGGGUCUGCGCGCGCUGAAGGCGGUGGCGGGGGGCGUGCGCGCGGGGGAGGGCGCGGGCGGAGAGCGCGUGCACGCCGCCCGCCUGCUCGCCGUCAACAACGUCUCCAAACUAACUGCGCCGGAUGCACGAAUAUUCCAUAAAAUACUGUCUCUCGUAUUCGCCGAUGUAAAAGAUCUACAUGCCACAGCUGAUCCUAUAGUGAACGCGCUGGAAGGAUCCGUCCAGAAUUUAAAACUUGUGGAAAAUAAAGCACAGUUACAAAAAUGCAUCGAGUUAUACGAACAGCUACAACAACGGAUGGGGGUCGUGGUGGUGGGCCCGCCCGCCUCUGGGAAGUCUACGAUUAGGCGUCUACUUAAAACAGCCCUCUUACAACAAGGAAAAACUAUAAUGGAGUACGUAAUAAGUCCAAAAGCAAUGAGCCGCGACUGGCUCCUUGGGCACAUCGACCCUGACACCAGGCAGUGGACGGACGGGGUGAUCUCCGCCACCGCCUUGGAGAUAUCCAAUCAGCCGCCUGAUGUAUGGUCUUGGGUUGUGUGCGACGGAGACAUAGACCCCGAGUGGAUUGAGUCUCUGAACUCCGUGUUGGAUGACAACCGGCUGCUGACGUUGCCGUCCGGCUGGCGGGUGCAGUUCGGGAACAACGUCAACUUCAUAUUCGAGACGCACAGCCUGGAGCACGCCUCGCCCGCCACCAUCUCCAGAAUGGGAAUUAUAUUGAUGAGCGAUGACGUCAGUUGCGAGCUGGACGUGCUGCGGGGCUGGGUGCGCCGCGCCGACCACGAGGCCGCCAGCCCGGCGCUCCCGCUGCUGCAGCGGGCCGUCGCCGGCACCGUUCAGUGGCUCCACCGACACCAGGGCGCCGCCCUCACCAAGCUGUACAACGUCGCCGUAGUCCGACAGAUACUUACACAGUUCGAAUACCUAGUUCAAACCGCGAACGCGAUCUCGACUCAACCCGGUCCCGAGGAAAUGGUUAUAUGUGCGAUACAAAGAAGCGUCGUCGACUUAUUGAAAGAGGCCGCCGUUCCCAGUUUUUAUGACGAGAUAUCUUCAGUGUUGGGUCCUCCCCCGCCCGAGCCCCCGUCCCCCAAUGAAUGGGUUUCGGAGUCUCUGUACAUGUCGGCCAGACUCCUCGCCGUGGAGUCCGUCGUCAGGGCGUGUCUGGCGUCCGACUCGUCUCAUCUGCUAAUUGUAGGCCCCGAUGCGUGUGCUAAAAGUGCGUUAGUGGAACACAUUCUGAAGGAGAGCAACAGUCCUGUAAUAACGAUUGACUGCACGCCUAUAUUGGAGCCGGCUGACAUAAUACGCGAACUAAAGAGGCACAAUGUCGCUCGGUCCGGCGGCGGCGGCGCGGUGCACAGCGGCGCCCGCACCACGCUGUACGUGCGCGGCUUGCAGCGGGCGCGCGCGGACGCCUGGGGCUCCUGUCCGGUGCACUCCUUCCUGCUGCAGUUGUUGCAGCAGGGCGGGUGGUGGAGCGAGGCGGCGGCGUGGUGCGCGGCGCGGCGCGUGCUCGUGCUGGCCGCCGCCACCGCGCCCCCCGCGCCCCGCCUCGCUACCGCGCUCGCCCGCGCGCACCUCGCCGAUCCAGACGAGGACGAACUAUUACAAUUAGCAACGAACUACUUAACACAAUCUGUGGAUAAAAACAUUUCAGCAAAGGAGAUUACAAGUCUCGCUUCUAAAAUGCUAUCCCUAUUCCAAGAGGUAACCGAGAUAUUUAAUACGCGACCUCAUUACAAAUGGAACGCGUCUCAUUUGAAAAAGUGGUGCGAAAAUGUGAAAUGGUACAACCCGAAGAACACCGAAGAUCUACUCACGGCAAUCGUUUCGGAGGCGAAUUUCAUAUUUCGCGAUCGAUUCGUAACUGACGAAGAAAAGUUGAGGUUCAGCACUAUGUGUCGAGGUCACUUGAAGAACGAUGCCACUCCGGUUCACUAUACGUACAAACUGAGAGGCGAUGGUGUGUAUUUAGAGACGAUUGAUCGAACCGGCUGGCGACAAUACAUCAAUAAACUCAUUAAUCAAUGCUUGGCAGAACAUGAAUAUAAUAUAUUUGGGGACAGCGGAGUCGAGGUGUGUGACGAACUCAACGUAUUGUGUCCUGCCAUGGCUCGAGCUGCUAAUGGCGGUAUAGUAGUGUGCGUGGGCACGGCGGGCGUGGGCCGCGCCGCCGCGAGUCGCUUGGUGUGCGCCGCGCUGCAGGCCGCGCUCUACCCCAUCGACAAUCCCUCGCAGUUUAAUGGACAGUUCAAAAAUGCAUUGUCAUCGUCCGGAGACGCCACGCAUACGCUAGUGGUGCUGUCGGAAUCUGCUGCGAACAGUGCAACCAUAGCGUGUAUAGAAGCUCUGAUCAGAGCGCGAUCUUUGAAUGCCAUUCCCGAGCACAUGCUACCCGGUGCGAACAACCCACACAUGUUGGACAAUAUAAAACAAUGCCUAGGUAUUGUGAUAUGCCUUGACAAGAACCAAAGUAACCUAGCAGAGCUAAUAGAGAAAUAUCCCAUACUUUACAAUCAAGCCGAUUUAAUAUGGUUAGAGAAAUGGUCGGAAGAGACACUGCGGGAUGUUCCGUCAUUGAUCAUAGAUAGACUUCUAAAGGAGAACGUAACUGAUAUUACAAAGGAUCAACUCGAAAAAAUUCCUAUCGAUGGAUUCGUUAAAAUUCACAAAAGCCUCGAGACUGAUUGCAUGCGAGCUCCGUGCCGAUAUGUCAACUUCGUCAAAACCUACUUCUAUAUCAUGAGCCGAAAGAAGACGGCCCUCGUUCAAAGACAAAAUACACUUUCGGCCGGCCUCGAUGCCUUGAAGCGCGCGCGUACUGAGGUGGCAACACUGCAGACCAACGCGUCCAAACAGGAAGCCGAACUCUCAGAUAAACAAGCGAAAGCUAAUCAGGCGCUGGACCAGAUCAGCGCCACGGUGCGCGCCACCACCGACAGGAAGGAGGAAAUGCAUGCCUUGAAGAAGAACAUCGAAAUUGAAAACGAGAAAUUGCAGAAACAGAAAGAAGAAAUCGAGGCGGAGCUUGCAUCAGUAGAGCCAGUGAUUGCGGCCGCUCGGGCUGCCGUAGGAGACAUACGGCCCGAAUCACUCAGCGAAGUGCGGUCGUUGCGCGCCCCGCCGGACGUGGUGCGGGACGUGCUCGAAGGGGUGUUGCGGCUCAUGGGCAUCGCCGACACCUCGUGGCACUCCAUGAAAAACUUCCUCGCGAAACGCGGAGUCAAGGAGGACAUAAGGUGCCUGGACGCGAGCCAGAUAAGCCCGGCCGCUAUCGAAGGUGUGAAGAAGCUGCUGGAGCGUCGCGGCGCGUCGUUCGAGGCGGCGGCGGCGCGGCGCGCCAGUGCGGCGUGCGCCCCGCUCGCGGCCUGGGUGCGCGCCAACCUGCGCCACGCCGACGCGCUCGUCCGCGUGCGCCCGCUGCAGGACAAGCAGGCCACCUUACACAAGAACCUCCAAGAAGCCGAGGAUCAGCUGUCGACAUUGUCGAGCGGGCUGGCGACGGUGGACGAGCGCGUGGCGGCGCUGAAGGAGCAGCUGGGCCGGCACUCGCGGGACGCGGCCGCGCUCGAGCUCAGCGUCGCCAGCGCCGCGCAGACCAUCGCCGCCGCCACGCAGCUACUCGACCAGCUCGCACACGAAUACACGGCCUGGGAACGUGACCUGGCAAACAUUUCGACGGAAAUAUCGCAGCUGAGCGUACGUUCGUUGUUAGCUGCGGCCUACGUCGUGUACCUCCCCGACCUGACAGAGCCACAAGCUCUGGUUUACAUACAUAAAUGGAGUAAGUUUGUUGGAUUUGACGACUCCUCAUUUUCUGUCAUCAAUUUCCUAUCUACGACGGAGAAGCAGUUGAAAUGGGACGCGGACGGUCUUCCCGCGGAUAGUUCAGCUGUCAAGAAUGCCGUUUUAAUCGAUCAGGUGCUAGAAGCCCAGAAAUGCGGCCUCACUCCGUUCCUGAUAGACCCGGACGGCGAGGGCAUGACGUGGCUAAAGAACACGCUCGCCGAUCAACAAUGCGAUUUUGUUUCACAGAACAGUGAGAAGCUGUCUACCGCCGUUCAGUAUGCAAUUAGACUGGGCCGUAUCUUGGUGAUCACGGAGGCGGAGCACGUGGCGGAGGCGUACGGCGCGCUGGCGUGUGGGCGGCGCGGCGCGGCGGCGCGCGUGCUGUUGCACUGCCGUGACGUCACGGCGCCCGCGCGUCUGCCGCCACAUCAGCGCGCCGCGCUCUCCCUGCUGCACUUCACCGCCAGACUCGAUGGACUCACCGACCAGCUCGUCCACUACGCUUUACAACAACAGAAUCCGGAUAUGAAUGAAAAAUUGAAGGAAAUCAAAAUUCAAAAAGCCACCUACCAGAAACAACAACACGAAUUGCAGGAAAAUCUGCUUAGGGACCUUUCCGGGAACGUGGACAUAUUGCACGACGCGAACCUGUUGGCGUCGUUGAACCGGACGCGCGCAGCGAACGCCGCGAUAAGGGAAGCGCUCGACGGGGCGCGCGCGCUCGAGGCGCAGAGCCGCGGCGCGGGGGGGGCGCACGCGGCCGCCGCCCGCCGCACCGCGCGCCUGGCGCUGGCCGUGCGGCGCGUGGCGGAGCGACGCCCGCUCGUGGCGCUGCCCGUGGACGCCGUGCUCGAGAUGUUCGCCGAUGCCCUGCGUACUCUUGGCCAAAAAUCUCAACCAAAAACGGACGACGUCAUCAAGUAUGUGACGAGGAGAAUCAUUGAAAGAGUUCUCUUGGGACUUUAUAAAAAAGAUAAUUACAUCAUUGUUCUUCAUCUACUGAAAGAAGUCUACGAUGAGCUCAUGCCGGAUAAGUUGUGGAAUUUACUUGUAAGUAGCAACGAUGUUUUAGAAGAUACAGAUAAUGUGAAUGAAAUUAGGAGAUCAUAUCCGUGGAUCCCAGAUGGAUGCGUAAGAAAAGUUGCGAAAUUGAAGAUAACGGAUGAGAAUCUAUUUAACAAGUUGUGUUUGAACAAAGAAGAUAUGUGGAGAGAGUUUCUUGAAUCUGGCGACAGCAAGGUCAUCAGUAAAUUGGGCAUUACUCCUUUUGAAUAUGUCGUCUCCGUGGCAUCGGUUCGUCCCGACGGCUUAUAUAGGGCCCUCGUGGAAUUUGUUGAUCAAGCUUUGGGUGCGGGCGUGAUGUCAUGCGGCUCGGCGCUGGGUGUGGCGGGGCGCAGCGCGGGGCGGGGCGGGGCGCGACGCCCGGUGCUGCUGCGGCACGCGCAUGCGCGGGACCUGCUCCUCGCGCACGCACAGGCCAACGCUCUACCGCUCACGCUGGUAGGAAUAGAAGAGGGCAAGAAUUCAUGGAAUGUGGCACUGGAAGCCACCAGAAGCGGCGGCUGGCUCGCAAUAGACGUUGGCGCUUCUCCAUUUACGACUGAAAUACAAACCUUUAUUUCGGAAUUCGUCGCCACGCCUCCUGAAAACUUGAGCGACGACUUCCGUAUGUGGAUUCUUUCUGAAGAUCGUGACAUACCGGCUCUGUUGUGUAAUGCCUGUAUCAAUGUUAUACUCGAGACGCCGGAAGGCGUUAAGAAUAAUAUAAUGAGCACGUUGGCCGCGUGGGGGAACUAUGAAGCUGAACCGAAUAUCGUGCGCUUACAUGCUUCACUCGCCGUAUUCCACGCUCUCGUGCAAGAACGACAAGCCUAUAUACCACAAGGCUGGAGCCGGCGGUACGGUUGGGAGUGGGGCGAGGUGCGAGCGUGCGCGGGCGCGGUGCGACGCGCGGGGACGGGCGGCGCGGCGCUGUGGGGCGCGCUGUACGCGAGCCGCGUGUCGGCGCCGCACGACCGCCGCGCGCUGCAGUCCCUGCGGCACCACGCCGCCCGCCCCGACCUGCUGCCGCUGCCGCUGCCGGCCACCAGCAAACUGCAGGCCUACGUCUCAUUCUUCGACAAGAUGUCGGAUGUGGAUUCGCCUCAACUGCUAGGCCUGCCCGACAACUGCGGACUGGCCCGAGAAAGAACCGCGGCCAACGAUAUUAUAAUUGGAUUAAAAGAGCUGAACACAACUGUCAGUCCAAUGGAGAAGUCGAACAGUGUCGCUUCACUCAAAAGUUUGCUGGCGCUGUGGAAAAAGCUUAUGGCCGGGAGCCCCCUCCUCAAAUCAGAUUAUGUAAUUGAAGAGAAGGAGCGUCAGGGCUGGUGGGCCGCGGCGUGCGGCGCGGAACUGCACGACGCCCGCCGCGCCGCACGCGCCGUGCACGCCGCCCUGGCGCAACGCGCACGCAGCGGCGCGCCCCUGCACAAGGUCCCAGACGAAUGGCAACUGCUAUGGCUCGGACCGGACGCUCCCGACGCUUACAUCAAAGAACUCUGUCAUCGAGUUCGGUCCGCAUUAGAAAGAUUUGAAACGUUGACCGACGAAAUGCCAAAAGAAGUGGACCUCCGCUCGUUCCUGCGUCCAUCGCGAGUGGUGUGGGCGCUGCUCGUGCGCGCCGCCGAGGGCCGCAACUGCUCCGUCGAUACAUUAAUGCUUGCCGCUAAGUGGAACUGUCCAGAGGAGAGCCCGGCCGGGGACAGCGUGCGGCUGCGCGGCGUGCAGCUGAGCGGGUGCGAGUGCGGCGCCGCGGGCGUGCAGCCGGCCCCGCCCCGCGCGCCGCCGCACCGCCCCGCGCCCCCGCUGCACGUGCGCUGCGUGUCCACGCACGAAGAUAGUAGUCUGCUGGCGGAAGGUGUGCUGGAAGUGCCCGUGUACUCGAACGAGAGCAGGGAGGAGCUCGUGUUCGAGAUGCGGGUGCCGCUCGCGAGAUCGUUCAGCGCUGAAACCGCGACACUACACACGGUCGCUAUGUUCAUCGGACCAGUUGAUUGAAUAAAAUAUAUCACAAUUUUCUACUUGCACAAGUUGACUUCAACGCACUCAGUAAAUGUUAAGCAUUAGUAAGCGCACCACGUGUUUGAUUUUAAAUAAUAAAUAACGUAUUUGAUUGUUUUCA